GGAAGUCUGAUUUUACAGAUAAGUCCUUUCACUACACUAACAACUACUCAUCAGACCUUUUAUUUCACAAAAUCAAAUUUAAAAUAGAAGUCUUAAUAAAAUAAAAAGUGUAUAAGUAUUUAGGCAAUGACACUACAGCCCAAAUUCAAACAGACGAUAUUUGCGUUGCCGGCCCACAUGAGCCUGGUGAACAUGGGCAUGAUGUACGGCUACCCCGCCAUCCUCACGCCAGCGCUGCUGAGCGCCACGGGAGAUGAAGUGAAGGCUGAUAAACACACUGCUUCUUGGCUAGCGUCAUUACCAGGUUUUACGGCCUUAGUACUGGUGGUGGUGGUUGGCCCCCUCAUGAGUGCCUACGGGCGCCGGCCCACCCAGCUCAUCACCACAUCCCUCGUCCUCGCCGGCUGGUUAGUCACGGCUUUUGCAACCUCCAUAACCGCCCUGUUUGCGGGCAGAGCACUUCAAGGUGUCUGCAAUGGAUGUCUCUACUUCAAUUCUAUAUUAAUUGGAGAGAUAUCCAGUCCAUCAAUAAGAGGAGUCCUGUUAAACGUUAAAUUAGUAUCAGUAUCCUUGGGUAUCCUAAUAAUACACGGAUCUGGGUGCAUUCUCCAAUGGCGGAGCGUGGCGUGGGUAGGCACCGUGCCUUGUUUAAUAAGUAUAGCAAUAACGCUAUGCUCACCGGAAACUCCUGACUGGCUCGUGUCGAAGGGAAGAUUUGAGGAAGCAGAAACAGCAUUCUUUACUUUAAGAGGAAGGUCCAAUGAAUCAAAAAGGGAAUUGAGUAAACUUAUUGACUCACAAAAACAAAAGAGAAGGAAAGAGAUUGGAUUACAAAGAAAUAGUUUUAUGGCAAUUCUGGGACAGCUGAAAUGUAAAGCGAUGUGGCGGCCUGUAAUUCUGCUUACCUGUGCUACUGUUAUUCCUGAAGCGGGAGGAAGACACUUCUUUCCAUCGUACUCCGUCCAGCUAGCGGAGCAAAUUACAGGGGACAAGACGAAAGGAUUACUGUACACCAUAAUCAUGGAUGUGAUUUCCGUACUGGCGGGAAUAAUUUGCACGCUCAUGGUAGGAAAGUUUUCAAGGAGGGGUUUAACAUUUUACUGUGGAUUCACAGCUAAUGUACUUUUGAUUGUGUCCUGUUUCUUUAUGUAUCUUCAAAAAACAUACGUUACUUAUGGUUUUUUCAUGUGGUUGUCUGUAUCAUUUUUGGUUUUAUAUUACAUUAUAGUAAACGGGUCAGUGUUUGGAAUUUGUUACGUAUUGAUGGGUGAAUUAUUGCCUUUAGAAUUUCGUGCUACAGGAGUUGUUAUAGAUGGUAUUGUGUCUGCAUUCAUACUCACAUUUGUUAUUAAAGUUACACCAUAUCUGAAAGACAGUUUAGGCAUUGACGGUAUGUUAUUUGUUUUUGCUCUCUGUAUGGCUUCAGCUUUGAUUUACAUGUACUACGACUUGCCUGAAACUAAAAACCGGACACUCCAUGACAUAGGAGAGUAUUUUAGAGGUAAUAGCCCUAAGUUAUUCAGUGACGAGGCGCUAAUGGAUAACGACGAAACUGACACAUUUGUUAUCAGUAAGGAGUAAGUAAUAGAUAACUAAAUAAAAGGAAUGAAAUAAAGGGACUAAAGCCUCAGAACUCUGGUCAUAAUCAGCAAUCUAACAAUAUUAUUUUUCAAACUAGCUGGCCAGGCUUCCUUAUGUGAAUCAGAUUGUAUGAAAGUUGUUGUAAUAUUAUUUUUUAUGUGUAUUUACUUAGUUAAAUAUAAGAUUUUCCAAUAAGUUUUUGAUUGAAGACUUUUAAUUAAUUUUAUCAUACUCUUAAAUUACGUCAGUGGUACCUAGCUCUUAGGAUCCGAAAAG